AUGAUGGAACAUAAAGUGGGAAAAUAUAAAAUUAAUCAGGAGGAAAUUGUGGCCCUCUUUCAACAAGAACCAUUGAAAAAGAUUGAAAAGAAUUUAAAUCAAAUUCCUGGAUUGUUCGGAUUGGAAAUUGAUGAUGAUAAAUAUUUAACUUUUUGGAAUGCGUGGUUUAAUCAGGAGGAAUAUAAAUUCAUGCUGCCUCAAUCAAAGAGUGAUUUGAUUUUUGUGUGUAUUAUGCAUGGUGGACACUUUUCUGGAGCAAUUUUUGAUCCAUCCUUAGGGAAGGCAAUAGUUCACAAGACUUUUUCGAAUUAUGUAUCUAGAAAGAAGCAAGGAGGAAGACAAUUACAACACGACAUUCAAACUGGACAUAAGGCAAAAUCUGCCGGUAGUGAAAUUAGAAGAAAUCAAGAGGUGAAAUUCCAGGAAAAGUUGACCGAAUUAUUAACUGAAACUUGGAAGAAAUAUUUUGAUGGAGAAGGUCAACAAAAAGUUUACUGCUCAUUCGUCUAUUGUCCUGGUAACAUUAAUAGAGAUAUGAUUGAACAAUUAUUGUGGAACGAAAUGGACCUAAAGAGUCUACCAAUCAGAAAUAUUCCAUUCCAAGUGCCAAAACCUAAUUUUAUGAAUUUAAUCUCCUGCUAUGAUAAACUGUGCACAGUUCACAUCACUUCAAAGGAUAGAAUUAGUGAACUCACCAAUGAUGAUUCAACCCUGCUGUCCAAUUUGGAAAUUUCAGAUGAAGAAAGCUCAGAAGACGAUCUAGAAAAGACCAAAGAACAACUUCUCAAUGAUGAAUAUCUCAAGAACUAUCCAAGCCCUCUCUCACCACAAUCAGCUACCUUCUCCUCUCCAGUUCACUCACCUAGAUCUCCUCUCUCACCAAUUUUACAAGCUCUUGGAUUUAAUAUUGAACCAAGUCAACCACUUCCAAAGAAGAAUCAAAUUCCUCCAAAGAUGACCAAUGCCAUGACAAUUGGACAACCUCUUCUCUCUAACAAACGAAAGAAAAACAAAAAACAAGAAGAAUGGAAACCACCAGCAAACGAUUCUCUCAUCAAUCAGUCUUUGGCUAUUUGGGGUGUAAUUUUAGCAGUAGCAGCUGCCACACUUACUAUUUACAUUUGGAAAUUUGCAGAUCAUGACGAACAGUAA